CAAUUAUUACAAACGAUUCGCAUCAUGUUGAAUAUACGAAAUGUGAUUAUACUUUUAUUUUCCUGCCACCUAUUGUUGGCCGUCGAUGCUGGCAACAAACAGAAACAACAACAACAGCAGCAACAGCAGGGGAAUCAAGAAAUUUGGGAACAAGACCUUUCGGAUACAUUCAAAAUUGAGGGCAGCGAUCAGGGCAUACAAAAGGUCAACCUGAAGUGUGGUGCCAACUCAAUGAAUGUGGUGCUGGAGACGGAAAAGCCAUUUACCGGUGUCAUGUAUACCCGUGGAAGCUUCUACAAACAGACGCCGCCAUGCUUCAUGAAACCGACUGCCGUUCAGGGUGCCCGCACCCUAGAGAUGAACUUCCAGCUGGAUCAGUGCCAGACCCUGAAGGAUGGUGACCUAUAUUCGAACAUUGUGGUAAUACAGAACGAUCCGGAACUAAUAACGCCCGGCGAUUCGGCCUUUUCCUUGGAAUGUGACUUCCGCCAGCCGCGCAGCCUGGAUGUGGAGGCCAGCAUGCAGGCCAGGGACAGAGUGGCGACAGGCUCCAAAAUUACACUCACUAGUCCCGAUCCCUCGGCACCAACGGAUACUCUACACAAUUCGGUGUUUAGCAGCAGCGACACCGUCGAAUACAUACCAAAGUUUAGUAAACCAAAUGAGACCAUACGUCUGGGCACGGUGGAGGAAGUCACACUGCCUGUUGGCCAUGAAAGAGACGAACUCUAGACACUCGCACGGCCACAACACAACAACAACAUACACACACACACACCAACAUACACUUGUAUUUAUGAAAGUAAUAAGUAUAAGCAAAUACACCAAACAACAGGAAAAUUGCAGAAAAUGCCACUCAGGUGGCUUAAGGACGGAAAACAAUCCACACUCAAUCCAGUUCAUGUAUUUUCAUACAAUUC